AUGUUCGUGCUACUGACUGGCAAACACGUGCACGACCUUAGAACCUGGGCGGACUGGUCUUCUACAUUCAACUGCCCCGUCUACAUGACCGAGGUCGACUCCGUCUGGGCCAAUAGGAAAGACACACCCUCGGCCACCCUGAAGUUGCUGAAAGAACCCAGCACCGAGCUCCUCCCAGGCCUCACGUCGUUGAUCUGCGGAGGUCAUUUCCCCGGCAGCCAGGUCCUGCACUCCCUCCCACCAAACACGCCGAUCCCGACGCUCUUCGUGGCCGACACCAUCUUCGCGGUGCAGUCGAGCCAUAAUCCCGACCCGGGGAAGCGGGGCGAUACCAUUUCAUACCAGUUUCUGUGGAGCAUUCCCAAUUUCAUCCCCUUGCCGCCGGACGAGGUGCUCAAGAUCUGGAAGGCCCUCAAACCGUUGGAGUUUAAAGCGACCUACGGGGUUAUGGCCAAGAUCACCAAUGUCUUUGAGAGACCUGGCCAGAGCCUGAGUCUGAAAGCUCGGGUGCUUCAGAGCGCAAAAAUCGCCGUCAAAGCGAUGGGGUAUUCUGACCACAGCAUCUUCGUCGAACAGUUGUGA